AUGACGUCCAGAGGACAGCAGUCUGGCGCCAUGCAGAACCCACAUGGAAGGCCCUUUAUAAUGAGGUCCAGCACGCCAGCCAAUGAGAUCCUUCAGACCUUCCAUAAGGUGCAUCCCACCUACCCCCUCGCCUGGUCUCUGGAGAUUAAGUCUCUUCUGAGAAAGUUGGUGUGCAUAGACGUGGAGCAGCGCAUCUCCUGCCUGGCAGAGCUGCAGGACCUGGACUACAUGUCGGACGUCAACUGGGACGCUGUGCUCAGCAAACAGCUGCCUCCAGGCUUCAUUCCCAACCGGAGGAGGCUGAACUGCGACCCGACCUUUGAGCUGGAGGAGAUGAUCCUUGAGUCCAAACCAUUGCACAAGAAGAAGAAGCGGCUCGCCAAGAAGACCAAAGACCAGGGCUCCGACGGCUCCCCGCAGAAUGGCCAGCUGCAGCUGCGUCUGGAUAACGUCCAGAGAGACUUCAUCGUCUUCAACAGAGAAAAGUCAAAGAGAGUGGCAGUGGACUCCGAGUCCUCUGUUCUGUCCACGGCAGAGAGGAACAAGGCCAUAGAAGACGGGCAGAACAACAACGUGGAGCCCGCCGCCUACACAUCAGGAUAG